AACCCCUGUUUGAUUUGAUCUCUCCCUCUUCCCCGUCUCCCAUCUCCAUCAGACCAACACACCCCUGACUCAACCUAACUCACUGCUGCUGCUGCUGCUGCCACCACCGCACCACCUGGAGCUGCGGCCAUUAAUGCGCUCCCUCCGCCUCUUGCCAUGUCCAGGACCUGCCGUGGUCUGACUUGAUCCGGCUGCGCGGCUGCUUUGCUGCUCCGCUGGGUGCUUAAUUACCCCCAACUGUUUCAGCACCAGCAACCUCCGCGACAAGGAAGGAUGGAGGGGAGGGCGCGGCGGCGGGGCACCGGCAUCGGCACCAGCGCGAGCCCUGGCCGCAACAAGGUCUGGGUCGAGCCGCCGGGCAAGAGCCAGCACCACCCUCCGCGCCGCUCGCCUCCGCCGCCCCCGCCCUCGGCCACGGGGAAGAGGGUGGCGGUCGUCUACUACCUCUACCGCAGCCGCCACCUGGAGCAUCCCCACUUCAUCGAGGUGCCGCUCGCCUCGCCGGAGGCCGGCCUCUACCUGCGAGAUGUGAUUAACCGGCUUAACGUGCUGCGAGGGAAGGGCAUGGCGGCCAUGUACUCCUGGUCCUGCAAGCGGAGCUACAAAAACGGCUUCGUGUGGCACGACAUCUCUGAGGACGAUCUGGUGCUCCCUGCACAAGGCAACGAGUACAUCCUCAAGGGCUCCGAGCUCCUGGACCGAUCGCCGCCUGACCGGCAGCAGAAUGGCGUUAGCAACACCAAGGGCGAGAGUCCCAAGCACCCUCAACAAGAGUCUCCUCAGUCGCGAGGAUCGCAAGAAGGGUGCUCGUCAUCGUCAUCCCCGUCCCCAUCUGCUGUUAUCAAAGAGGCCUCACCUCCAACUCCUACUCAGCAACCACAACAGCUGGCACAGUCCAUAUUUGUGCCAUCAUCAUCUGCUUCCACCAACCGCGAGGAUGAGCAAUGCAGGACUACACAUUCUGGCUCAUCGGGGAACCUGUCCCCUGAACCAGUAGGAACUAAUGUUCCAUUAUCAGAGGCAAGCUCCCCUGGACCUUCCGAGUACAGAGUUUGCAAACCCAUUGGAGCACAGGAUGCGUCCACACAAACCGAUGAUAGUGAAAGGCAUGUUCCUUCUAAGCAUGCUCGCACUGAAGGAAUCCGUACAGAGGAUUGUACAUCAGACGCUGAAAUUCAAGAGUGUCAUGAAAGAAGCAUGCAAGCAUCGCCAAAGGUCCCUGUAGUUGUUCGAGAAUCACCACAGGUGUGUUCAUCUGAUGCUUCUCCUGGUGGCAGAGUUGAGACAUUGGAAUCCCUGAUAAGGGCAGAGGCCAGUAGGAGGAGUAGCUAUAAGGUACUAGAGGAAGAACAUCUCUAUGGCCCAAUGGGUGUGAAGCUGAAGCCAGCCAAUUUGCUCAUGCAGCUGAUCACCUGUGGGUCUAUCUCUGUCAAAGAUCACCGUGGCUUUGGACUCAUUCCAACAUACAGACCACGGUUUACUCAAGUUGAAUUCCCUUCUCCAAUGUUCUCUACUCCUAUGGCAUUGCGGCACCUUGACAAUAUUCCUUGUAGCACAAGAACGAUUGGAAUAAGAGUUUCUGAGUCAGAGCAUUUAAGUGAAAGCUUGGUCGAGGAGAAUAAGCACGAAGAGUCAGGGAGAGAGGAAAUACCCACACUCAAACGCUCAUCAUCUUACGACGAGGAUAGAGUGUAUUUAGUGCCAGACUCUAGAAGGGAUAUGGAAAGCUUGGCCGAGUCGGGUAGUUUCAGAUGUCUCCCACAGACUAUCAAAAUGAUACCAUGCAAGCAAUCCAGAAGUGGAACAGCAUUCUCCCCCAACUCUGAUGUCAGGUACAGCCCUAGUCGACAAGAAUGUAGUACUGGAUCCUCACCACUUGGUUCAUCAAGAAGUGCAAGCAAUAGGAUGACUGACCCACGAGGUAAACUAUCUUCAUCAAGGGGGGAGUCAUUUCACGAGGAGAAGGACAAAAUGAUCAAGAUCGAAGAAAGGCUUGCUUCUGGAGCACGGGUUAUAAUCCAGUCUGCACCCUUGUGUGAAGAAAGUGAUGACAGCACCGAAUCACUGUAAGGGGUUGUGUUACAUUUUGCUGUGAACUUACCUUUGGAAUUUGCUGAUUGUCUUGAAGUUGUUGGGGGCAGCUUGAAAGUGCAGUUUGAUUCAUUUUGUAACCAGUGUGAAUGCGAUAGUCAUUGUUUUGUUACACCUUCAGGAAGAAUUUGUUACUCCAGAGUGUCCGUACAAUAUAUUACUCUGACCAGUUUCUUUUUUA